GGUACUGCCCAUCAACCACAUCACUGCACGCUACAGGUUGGACAGAUUUUUACACAGAUUAUCAAACAGCUGUACCCUGUGAUGACCACUACUACUAUAGCAGCUCCGGCACUUUCUACAGCCCCAACUAUCCAAACAACUACCAUAACAAUGCCGACUGUACAUGGUACAUCAGACCAAGCAGAGGAAUUGUGCAGCUGGAGUUCUAUAGUGUAAACCUUGAGUGUAGUUUUGACAACAUUGCGGUCUAUGACGGCUCCAGCACCGGAUCCAGACUUUUAGGAACGUACUGCCAGGCUAGAAAUUCUGUCUUCUACUCUACUGGUCGCUAUCUAACCGUACGAUUUACCAGUGAUGGCAGUGUCACCUACUCAGGGUUCCGUGCCUACUACAUGGUAGUGGAUGAAGGUUCCUGUCGAUUUAACUGUGGCUAUCAGGUUGGAAACUGUUCUUGCUCUCCAUCUUGCAGAGACAGAGGAAACUGUUGUUGGGACUAUGAAGGUAUGAAUUAACUCAGUAGCUAUGUCUGAAUUCCCACUCUCACCCCUAAAUACUUAGAAAUCCAUUCUGGGCCCAAAACUAUAUUGUAUAUCAGUAGCCGGGUUAGGCUCUGAUGACCACGAAAGGGACAAAGCGGACAAGAAGAUGAUGAAUGAAAAUAUUGUGGCUCUGUAUUUUAUAAGCAAUUCUAACAUCGUGCUGAAAAC